AUGGCUUCCAACCCAAAAGAGGAAACACAAGCACCCCCUGCUGUCGUUGAAGACGCUGCCGCCGCCGCUGCCGCUGCCGCAAAGAAGGCUAAGAACGAGGCCAAGAACGAAGAGAAGAGACUUGCCAAGCUUGCCAAGUUCCAAGCCAAGCAAGCCAAGAAGACCGCUGCUGCUGAGACUGAGGUGAGCGAGAAGAAGAAGAAGAAGGCUGCCAAAGCUGCUCCCGCCCCGGCUUUUGUCAACACCACCCCCAAGGGAGAGAAGAAGGACAUGUCCACUCCUAUCGCAAACGCCUACGAUCCUAACGCUGUAGAGUCUGCAUGGUACGAGUGGUGGCUCAAGGAAGGUUUCUUUGAACCUGAACUUACUGAGGAUGGCAAGAUCAAGCCCGAGGGUUUGUUCGUUGUCCCUGCUCCUCCUCCAAAUGUUACCGGCUCCCUUCACAUCGGACACGCCCUUACUGUGGCUAUUCAGGAUACUUUAAUUCGCUGGAACCGUAUGUUGGGCAAGACUGUCUUGUUCAAUCCAGGAACCGAUCACGCUGGUAUCUCUUGCCAGUCUGUAGUUGAGAAGAAGCUCUGGAAGGAUCAUAAGAAGACUCGUCAUGACUUGGGUCGUGAGGCCUUUAUUGAUGAAGUCUGGAAAUGGAAGGAGAAAUUCGGUAACAGAAUUUACGAGCAGUUCUACCGUCUUGGUGCUUCGUACGACUGGGGCCGAGUUGCUUUCACCAUGGAUCCUAAAUUAUCUUAUGCUGUACGCGAGAACUUUGUUCGUCUCCAUCGUGACGGUACUAUUUACCGCGCCAACCGUCUUGUCAACUGGUGUGUGCACCUCAACACCGCCCUUUCCAACCUCGAGGUUGACAACAAAGAACUUCCUGGUCGCACCCUUAUGAACGUUGCUGGCUACGAUCCCAAGGAAAAGUUUGAAUUUGGUGUUCUCAAUGAGUUUGCUUACGAAGUUGAAGGAUCAAAUGAGCGUAUCGUUGUUGCUACUACCCGUAUUGAAACCAUGCUUGGUGAUACUGCUAUUGCCGUCCACCCCACUGAUUCUCGUUACACUCACUUGCACGGCAAGUUCGUAAAGCAUCCCUUCAUCGACCGUCGUAUUCCCAUCAUUACUGACGAAAUUGCUGUCGAUAUGUCUUUCGGUACUGGUGCUGUCAAGAUGACCCCCGCUCACGAUUUCAACGAUUAUGAAGUCGGCAAGCGUCACAACCUCGAAUUUAUCAACUUGCUCAACGAUGACGGUACCUUUAACGAUAAUGCUGGUCCCUACGCUGGUAUGAAGCGUUUCCACGUUCGUACAAAGAUUAUUGAAGAUCUCAAGGCCAAGGGUCUUUUCGUUGGUGUAAAGGAAAACCCAAUGGCUGUACCCGUGUGCUCCAAGUCUGGUGAUGUUAUUGAGCCUUUGAUGAAGCCCCAGUGGUGGGUUAACUGCAAGCCCAUGGCUGCCGCUGCCAUGAAGGCUGUUACUGACGGUGAGCUCAAGAUUUCUCCCAAGGUCUCUGAGGCUGAUUGGUUCCGUUGGUUGGGUAACAUUCAGGACUGGUGUAUCUCUCGCCAGUUGUGGUGGGGUCACCGCGUUCCCGUUUACUUUGUCAACAUCGAGGGUGAAGAAAACGACGCUUCUGACAACCAUUUCUGGGUUAGUGGUCAAGAUGAGGCUGCUGCCAAGGUCGAGGCCGAGAAGCGCUUCCCAGGAAAGAAGUUCUCAUUGGAACAGGAUCCCGAUGUUCUUGAUACUUGGUUCUCAUCUGGUCUCUGGCCUUUCUCCAUCAUGGGCUGGCCCGAAAACACAGAUGAUAUGCAGAAGUACUAUCCCUCUUCGCUCCUCGAGACCGGUUGGGAUAUUCUCUUCUUCUGGGUCGCACGUAUGGUCAUGUUGGGUAUUAAGCUUACUGGCAAGGUUCCCUUUAAGGAGGUCUUCUGCCAUGCCAUGAUUCGUGAUGCUCAUGGCCGCAAGAUGUCCAAGACUCUUGGUAAUGUCAUUGAUCCCGUCGAUGUUAUUGAGGGUAUCAGUCUUGAUGGACUUUACCAAAAGUUGCUUGAUGGUAACCUUGAUCCCAAGGAAGUUGCCACAGCUAAGGCUGGUCAGAAAGCAGAUUUCCCCAAGGGUAUCCCUGAGUGCGGUACUGAUGCUCUCCGUUUCGCUCUUUGCGCUUAUACCACUGGUGGUCGCGACAUCAACCUUGAUAUUCUCCGUGUUGAGGGUUACCGCAAGUUCUGUAACAAGCUCUGGAACGCUACUCGCUUCGCCCUGAUGAAGCUUGGAGAUGAUUUUGUCCCUACUGCCGAUACCACCUUGACCGGUUAUGAGUCUCUUACUGACAAGUGGAUUCUCCACAAACUCAACAACGCCGCUAUUGAAACCAACAAGGCAUUGGCCGAGCGUAGUUUCAAGAAUGCCACUGAUGCUGUAUACCAGUUCUGGCUGUACGAUCUGUGCGAUGUCUACAUUGAAGUCAUUAAGCCCAUCUGUGAUGCCGAUACAACUGGCAACCCUGCUGCUGCCAAUGCCAAGUUGGCUGCUCAAAACACACUUUAUACCUGUCUUGAGGCUGGAUUGAAGCUUAUGCACCCAUUCACACCCUUUGUUACUGAGGAGCUUUACCAACGCCUUGUCCGCCGUUCCGGAGACAAGGUCAAGUCUAUCACCAAGGCUUCUUACCCCGUUGAGAACAAAGACUAUUUCAACGAGGAAGCCGAGAAGAGCUUUGACAAUGUGUUCGAGGUUAUUAAGGUUAUCCGUAGUUUGGCUGUCUCUCAGAACAAGAAGAAGGAUGGCGAGGUAUAUAUCCAGACUAAGGAUGACAAGCUCGCUUCUUUGUUAGAAAAGGAGAACUUGGCUGUCCUCACCCUCUGCAAGGGUAUUAAGGAGGUCAAGGUCCUCAAGGACUCCAAGGUACCAGAGGGUUGUGUUUCGGCUGAUGUUCCCAACAAGGCCACUGUCUGGUUGCGCAUCUAA